AAGUUUCCGUCCCCCAGACCAGGACCAGCGGCCCCGCCCCACCCCGCCCCGCGCCUGUCACUGUCAGCUGUUCCCCGCCACGCCGCGCCAGGGUUGAAUUGCAGGUGUGUGCGUGGCAGCGGCACCGGCGGGCGGCAACAAUAGGUGUGCUGGCAGGGCGUGCUCCUCAGGGCACACGGCUCACCACAACUCUCACAUCAUUCAGCCGAGGCUGGCUGUUGAGGCGACGGGUAACAAACACGAAGAGUUGAUAUUUUGACAAUGGAGAAUGACAAUGUCAAGAAGGAAGAGGAGACAGAAACUCGCUUAACAUAUACUACAAAGGACUUUUUCCUAUCAACCACAAGCAUGCAUGGUGAAGACCUCACAUCUCAGUUAGAUAUUCUGCUGCCAAGGAAGUGGAUGGCUGCAAAAGUGGCUGGUGCAUUCAUUUAUUCUGUUGAUAAUGUUGAGACAAAAAUUCUUCCCGGCAAAUAUGGCAUUGUUUCGCAGAUUAAUGUAAAUAGGAAACUAAUGAGGAGAAAACCAGAAAAUGUAGUUGACAUACAGCAGCCUUUCAACCCUGACAAGUUUAAUUUUACAAAGAUUCAAAAUAAGGAAAUUUUAAUGAACCUCCAGUUCUUAUCAGAAGAGCCCAAGGAGGAUAGUGUCCUAAAGAGAAAUGUUAAGGAGGCCAGUGUGACCUUGGAAGCAACUCUGAUUAUUAAUAAUGCACCCAUCUGCCACACCCACUCCCUUCUGGUGCCUUUCCUGGAGAAGUGCCAGCCCCAGGUGUUGAACCACGAGGGCCUCACCACAGCUAUCCAUACUGUUCUUUUAAGCAAGUCUACGGACUUGAGGAUUGCCUUCAAUUCCUUAGGAGGGUUUGCAUCAGUCAACCACCUCCACUUCCACCUGUACUACUUUCCAUACACCCUCUAUACGGAAACAGCUGAGUGUGAGAGACUUGCAGGUCCUUGUUACAUAUUCAAGGACCACUUUGCCCCGGGCUUUGUGUUUCAGCUGGAGAAUGGAGACGUUGAUCAGCUUGCCAGUUCUGUGAUGGCAGUAGUGAAUGUUUUUCUAAAGGAGAAGGUAGCCCACAAUCUCUUUAUCACUCGAGGCACUCCCCUUGAAACAAUCCACACCAAGGGAGGCAUGCACAGCACAGUGAGGGUGGUUCUCUGGGCACGGGAUUUUGCAUAUGGUGCAAAGGAUGUGAGCUUGUUUGCUACUGCUGUAUGUGAGCUGGCUGGACAUGUCCCUAUUUACUCACUGGACCAAUGGGACACAUUAUCAGAAAAUGACUUGCUACCUCUCAUCACAUCAGUGUGCAGGGAUGACUAUGAAGCCAUACUGCCAAAAGUCACUGAUGUCUUCCAACCUAAUGGCAUCUGAUGAAAGGCAUCCAUGAUGAUGGCGAUGAAGAGGCUCAGUAUCACAUAAAUGAAGAGGGAGAUAAAGGAGUAGAGGUAGACACGGGAGAACCACCACACCACAGGAUCCUUGCCCGAGGUGGAAGAGAAGGUGGCAAACAUGUCGUCUCCGUUGAUGAGGGAGUACAGGCACUCCAUUGUGGAUGAAAAGGAGCGGAACUGUGGUGCAAACAUUGUUAGUUUUAGCACUGACGGGUAAUCUUGUAAAAAUGAUUAUAUAAGUGCAUCUUGAUGUAAUUUUUGUAACAACAAACAUCAAUGCUUGUAAAUUUUUUAAAUAAAAAUAUGUGGACAUCUGGAAA